AUGGGGUCUCAAAUAGAACUGUUUCGCCAUGAGUGGAAUUUUUUCGCUCUUUGCUUUUUCUUUGUUUUUCUGGCUCUACGUUCUUUUUAUACCCUUCCUUUCUUUUCUUCUCUCUCCUCCCCUUUCUUUCUUUUCGACCUUCUCCUCCCCUUUCUUUCUUUUCGACCUUCUCCUCCCCUUUCUUUCUUUUCGUCCUUCUCCUCCCCCUUCCUUUCUUUUCGUCCUUCUCCUUCUCCUUCCGUUUUUUUUCGUCCUUCUCCUUCCUUUCUUUUCGACACUCUCCUUCUCCUUCCGUUCUUUUCGACUCUCUCCUUCUCCUUCCGUUCUUUUCGACUCUCUCCUUCCGUUCUUUUCGACUCUCUCCUUCCGUUCUUUUCGACUCUCUCCUUCCGUUCUUUUCGACUCUCUCCUUCCGUUCUUUUCGACUCUCUCCUUCCGUUCUUUUCGACUCUCUCCUUCCGUUCUUUUCGACUCUCUCCUUCCGUUCUUUUCGACUCUCUCCUUCCUGCUAUUAUUUUAACUAUCCCCUUUUCUUGUUCUCCCUCUGAUUCACUCUCUCUCAAACCUCGUACUGCCGCCUUUUUUCUUCUUACUCCCGUUUCUUAA